ACAUGAAAUGUCGUAAAAUUAUAAAAUACCACUUUUCAACUGUAAACUUGCCACAUUUCCGGGUGAUGCAAACAUAUGUCAUACUGGUUUUAACAUUUUGAGUUACACUGGAGAUGGCGGAUGAAAAAGGUGUUCGGAUGACAGAAGAUGAGAAGUUUAAUCUCAUAACUAGGAACUUGCAGGAAACACUAGGAGAGGAUAAAAUCAAGGCAGUGCUAAAGGAGCGAGACUUGAAAGUGUACUGGGGUACUGCUACCACUGGGAGGCCACAUGUGGGAUAUUUUGUACCCAUGUGUAAAAUAUCAGAUUUUCUGAGAGCUGGAUGUGGGGUGACGAUCCUAUUAGCUGACCUCCAUGCCUAUCUGGACAACAUGAAGGCGCCCUGGUCCCUGCUGGCCAAGAGGACCGAGUACUAUGAGCACGUGAUCAAAGCAAUGCUCAAGUCUAUCAGCGUGCCUCUGGAUAAACUCAAGUUUGUCAAAGGCACAGACUACCAGCUCAGCAGAGAGUACACACUGGAUGUGUACCGGAUGUCGUCAAUGGUGACGGAGCAUGACGCCAGGAAGGCAGGUGCCGAGGUCGUGAAGCAGGUGUCCAGUCCCCUUCUCAGUGGCUUACUGUACCCGGGUCUGCAGGCCCUGGAUGAGGAGUACCUGGACGUGGAUGCCCAGUUUGGAGGUGUGGACCAGCGCAAGAUCUUCACUUUUGCAAAGAAGUACAUGCCACAUUUGGGCUACAAAGAAAGGGCCCAUCUCAUGAACCCCAUGGUCCCUGGGCUUACUGGUGGGAAAAUGAGUUCAUCGGAAGAAGACUCGAAAAUCGACCUACUGGACUCGAGUGCACAAUUGAAGAAGAAGCUCAAAAAAGCGUUCUGUGAGCCAGGAAAUGUGGAGGAAAAUGGCAUCUUGGCAUUCUGCAAAUCUGUGUUAUUUCCACUGUCCAAAACAGGAGAGUUUGUUGUGAAAAGAUCUGAGGAGAAUGGUGGUCCAGUAACCUUUGCUGAUUACAAGGCACUGGAAGAGGCAUUUGCCAAACAGGAGCUGCACCCAGGUGAUUUGAAGGCAGCAGUCGAGGCCUAUCUGAACUGCCUGUUGGAGCCCAUCAGGAAGGAGUUUGAUACCCCAGAGCUAAAGAAACUCACAGCGGAAGCUUACCCCAUUGAAAAGAAAAAGGGAGCUGGCAAUGCGGCCAGUGCAAAGGAGGGUAAUACAGAAGAGUUGUCUCCCUCCAGACUGGAUUUAAGAGUGGGAAAGAUUCUCAAAGUUGACAAGCAUCCUGAGGCCGAUUCCCUGUUUGUUGAGACUGUAGACCUGGGGGAGCAGGAAACCAGAACAGUAGUCAGUGGACUGGUUGGUCUCUACCCUGCAGACAAACUGCAGGACAGACUGUGCAUUUUCCUGUGCAACUUGAAACCAGUCAAAAUGAGGGGUGUCAUGUCCUCUGCCAUGUUGAUGUGUGCCUCAGUGCAGGAGCCCCGUUCAGUAGAGCCCCUGACCCCUCCUGAAGGCAGCAGUCCGGGGGACAGGGUGUUCUUUGAAGGUCACAAGGGUGAACCCGAUGAGCAGCUCAACCCCAAGAAGAAAGUCUGGGAGAAAUUACAGGUGGAUCUAAAGACAAGUGACAAACUUGUUGCAGAAUGGCAGGGCAACACCAUGAUGACCAAGCUUGGUCAUGUGACGUGUGACUCAUUAAAGCACGCUCCUAUCUGCUGAGUUUUGAUGCAAAAAGAACAGUCUCAAAAUCAUGGGUUCCUUGUUGAUAUACAUUUACGCUUAAAAGUCGCGUUUUGUUGCUGCAAUAAAUUAACCAUUUACCACUUAAAAACGUAUUUUGACACAUUUGUAGUCCUUUAGAAAGUUACAUUCAAUUAAAUACCUUUCUUACUAAAUUCAAGUUUUAAAGGCUUCUGUUUCAACGCUUAGAUACUGAUGAGUCGCAAACAGCAUAAAACCUGAACAGACUGCGAGUUAUUCGCAGGCUGUUCUGGUUUUAUGCUGUUUGCAUAUAGCCAUUUUCACUUUGCUUCUGAGUGGGAAAGGGUUAAUGUUAGGGUGUUAUCAAGUUCUAGUGUUUUAUUCUUUAUAUUGUGUUAUGAUUGAACAAUGGUUGGUUUUAGUGAUUGCACUGAACAGUGGCAUUUUGUCAGAUAUAUGUAUGUUAUUUAUUGAUUUUCUAUUGAUUUUCAUUAGUUACUAUUGUCUUUAGUAAUGAACAACAAUACAUAUAGUUAUUUCAAUGAAUAAAUAUACAUGUACAUA